AUGUAUGUGAAGGUUAAAUCAAAGCUCUUGGAGAUCGAUGAGGACGAGUAUAAGGCCGCCGGUGGGAAAAUGCCCAUCAAAUGGUUGGCACUCGAGUGCAUUCAACACCGGAUAUUCACACAUAAGAGCGACGUCUGGAGCUUUGGUGUCACCGCGUGGGAACUGUUAACAUAUGGCGACCGGCCCUAUAAGAACGUAACGGCACGGGAUGUGCCCGACCUUCUGGAAAAGGGCGAACGUCUACCGCAACCAUCCAUUUGUACGAUCGACGUGUAUAUGAUCAUGAUCAAAUGCUGGAUGUUGGACGCCGAGUCCCGACCGUCGUUCAAGGAGUUGGCCGAAGAGUUCGCCAAAAUGGCUCGCGAUCCGGGCCGCUAUCUCGUCAUCCCCGGUGACAAACUCAUGCGUUUGCCUUCUUAUACACAACAAGACGAGAAGGAGCUGAUCCGCACCUUAAGUAUGCCUAUCGAAGGACCGGAAACUAUUAUGGACGCCGAGGAAUACCUACAACCGGGCAAAACACAGUCAGGAGCCGAUACACCGCCGCCGCCGACACCCAUCAAAAAGUUUAUGGAAGACCGCGGCUUUGAAGGCGAUCCCAUCAAUAGUGGUCUUUCUGUAAACGGCGGGACAAUCAAUAGCGACGAUACACUUGAUGUCCAAUACAGACAAAAUAUUUAUAUGAAUGGUUACGGAAGACACUGUGAUUUCAUCGGUUAUAAUAAGUUCACUUAUUUGGAUCCUUCCGUCUCUUCUUAUCCUAUCGUCCAAAUGAAUGGACAUUUGAGGGAAAAUAGUCAGAGUUCGGGCCGAUACUCAUCAGAUCCCGUCAAAGUCAUGGGUAAAGACGGAGACUUCUGUGAAGUAAUGCGAAACAAUACAAAUAUGUCCUCAAAAAGCGUUGAUUUCGCUUUCAAACUGCCAGUCGAUGAGGACGACUAUCUAAUGCCGUCUCCCGGACCUAUCGGUCAGCCCUCAAGUUAUAUGGAUUUGAUCGGUGACGCCAAACACGCAGAAGCAGUGAAUGGGAAGGGAAAGGAUUACCGAUAUAUACCGGACUUCCUUCAAGUGAAGGGUCAGCCCCGAUGUCUCGACAAUUUAGAGUAUCAUCUCAUGAAUCGAGAGCACGAAUACGUCAACUCUGUGCCCAACUCUCCGCUGGCAAUGCCUACGGGUCUGCCAUUCGGUCCUCAAUCUAUGCAUCCAAUGCCUGCCAACACUCAAAUGAACCCCAAUUAUCCUCCAAUGGUUCAGAACAGCAAUAUUGUGACCACACGUCGGGUCAGUGGUAGCGAUAUGGAGGAGGGGUCUGACGAUCACGAGUAUUACAAUGAAUUUGAUAAACUUCAACGAGAAUUACAACCAUUGAAUCUGAGGAGGAAUGAGACAACUGUUUAAUAUUCUUGAAGAGGUUUCUAAUCUAAACGAUGGUUUGUUUAGUAAAAUAGCAAUUAGUAUAUUAUAAGAGAGUGUGUUGUUUGUUGUGAUCACUAAUUCUCAAAGAGAUAUUAUUUAUGUUCAAUGCAUCAGAUAAUGAGUUUAAAUGCUAUAUAUUUGUACAUAAGAUUUAUAUUACUUUAUAGUGUUUUAUAUAUAAAUGAAUCGCCGAAACGAUGUUUUUAUAUAAGAAUAUUAUACAUAUUUAAUAAUGAUUUG